CUCCUCAGCGACUCCGACAUGCUUCUUGUUAUUCCAUUCGUGGCCUUUGGCUCUGCAGCCUGCGUGACAGCGUGAGCCUGCGCUUAGUCUUCUUCUCUUCUCAGGCUCUGAGCUCUCCAUUCUUCUUCUCUGGCUGGCUGUCUUAUUAAAACAAGAUGGAAAAUCCACCGAAUGUUGAGCUGGAAGCUGCAAAGUUUUUACAUAAGCUUAUUCAGGAGUCAACUGACGAGCCUACAAAAUUGGCCACAAAACUUUAUGUGAUUCUACAACACAUGAGAUCAAGUGGGAAGGAAAAUUCAAUGCCAUAUCAAGUGAUAUCUAGGGCUAUGGAGACUGUUGUCAAACAAAACAAUCUUGAUAUUGAAGCAUUAAUGACAUCACGACUUCCUUCAAAUACUGGAAAUCAGGCAGAAGACUCCUCACCAACCCAUGUGGCUGGCUUUGGUUCUUCACAAAGGGCUGAAACCACUAGGGACUCUAAAGCUGUUUUAUCACCAGAUGCUUGUGGUUCUAGCAGGCCACCUUGCGGUCAAAUUAGCAGUGGCCAUGCUAUUUAUCAAGAAUCAUCAUCCAAUGUUACUGCUGUGAACAUGCAUGGAGUGGUGCCCAAUGCACCUAUAUUAUCGCAUUCUCUAGAGUCUGGAAUUUCAAGCCCAUUGGAAUUUGGUAGUCCUUCAUAUGAUAACCAUGGGCUGGUGGCAAAGAUGCAUCAGGAUAGAAGCUCUGAAUCAUUUCCUGCACCCCCUUCUGCUGGUAGAUGUGCACCUGGAAGGCCAUUAGAGCAUGAAGUAGGAGCAAGUAUUUUUGCAAAUGUGAACAAUACCAAUCAGAGCAAUCCUUUGGAAACAAACAUGCUCAGAAGUGCGGCUAUCAGAGACACAGGAAAGUCACUGGUUGCAAACCCAUUUAAAGAGCAUCACUUAAAACAGCUUAGAGCACAGUGUCUUGUGUUUUUGGCUUUCAGAAAUGGUAUGAUGCCAAAGAAGAAUCAUCUUGAAUUUGCACUAGGAAAUCCCUCUCCUCAAGAAGAUGGAUCACAAAGGGAUCUGAUUGACCAAAAAGCAAGGGAACAGAACGGUGCUUCAGAAGCACGUAGACCUUUUUUAACUGGCAGAGAGGUUGAGAAACUCACUCCUGGUCCAUCAUCAUUGGUAAGUCCUAGUGAAGCAAACUUAUCGAAGGAAGCCGAAAACCAACACAUGACAGAUGAUAGAGGUCACCAGCUCUCACUUUCAUCUGAACAUGGAGAAGAUAGGAGGUAUUUGAGUAAGAUGAGAAUGGUUCCAGAGGGUGAAUCUACGGUGCAUGAAGGAUCUGGAUCACAGGUAUCCAGAUCAUUACAUUCUGAAUCAAAUUCAUUCGGUGCAGCUGUUCUUGAAGAUUCUUUUGCAAACUUUCCCCAAGUUGGAACCUCUAACCAAGCUUCACUUAUUCUGUAUGCGAGUAAGCUAAUGAAGCCUGAAUUGAAUAAUUGGACCGGACCAACAGGUCAAGCUGAGAUUUCUAGUGCGCCAGCACAUGCCCCUUCUGUACCUCAUGAGCCAGGAUCACUAAUUAAUGAUGUCUCACAUCAAUCUCAAAAGCCUAUCGAUUACAAUGCCCAUGGGAUUCGCCAAGCUGACAAUUCUUUGGCUAAUUUCUCUGCAAGGCAACAGUGGAAAUCUGUCUCCAUAGGGGAUAGUCAGUAUCCUAGUACCACUGUGAAAUGUGUAUUGCCAGCUCCAGAAGUGGGCGACGAGGAUGAAGAUAGUUUUUUAUCCACAGACAGGCCACCAUCUCCAAGGUAUACAACUCUAGAAAAGUGGAUCCUGGAUCAGCAGAAAAGGAAACUUGUUUCUGGAGAAAAAAGGGCUCUGAAACAUCAGAAGACAGAAGAAAGAAUUUCUGCCCGUGCUGAAAAGUUGAAGGAAAGUGUGAUCUCCUUAGAUAUUUCCACUAAAACAAAGAGUGUGAUCGAAUUGAAAAAACUUCAAUUGCUGGAGCUACAACGUUGCCUGCGGAGGGAUAUUUUGAAGGACUUUUUCAAACCAAUAGCUGCAGACAUGGAUCGCUUAAAGUCAAUCAAGAAAACUAGAAUAGGAAGAAAGUCUAAGCAGUUUGAAAGGUAUGAGCAGAGAAUGAAGGAAGAACGUCAAAAGAGAAUCCGUGAGAGGCAGAAGGAAUUUUUCAGCGAGGUUGAAGUUCAUAGGGAAAAAAUGGAGGAUGUAUUCAAAACCAAGAAAGAACGCGGGAGGGGUUUCAAUAGGUAUGUCAAAGAGUUUCACAAAAGAAGGGAAAGGAUACAUCGUGAGAAGAUUGAAAGGAUCCAACGCGAGAAGAUAAAUCUUCUAAAAAUCAAUGAUGUUGAAGGGUACCUUAGAAUGGUUCAGGAUGCAAAAUCAGACCGUGUCAAACAAUUACUGAAGGAGACUGAAAAAUAUCUUCAAAAGCUUGGAACAAAGUUGAAAGAGGCUAAGGGAACUGCCAGGAGAUUUGAUAGUGAUAUGGGUGAGAAUGGGGACACCGAGGUGGUGGAGGAGGUUGAAUUUGCUUUUGAUGAAGGAGAUGAAACCGAUCAGGCUAAGCAUUAUUUGGAAAGCAACGAGAAAUAUUAUUUGAUGGCACACAGUGUUAAAGAGAACAUUACAAAGCAGCCAGCUUCUCUUGUGAAAGGGAAAUUAAGAGAGUAUCAAAUGAAUGGGUUGCGGUGGCUAGUUUCGCUUUAUAAUAAUCAUCUCAAUGGGAUCUUAGCUGAUGAAAUGGGCUUAGGUAAAACAGUUCAGGUGGAUGAAAGCUUCAACUGUGAGAUUACUCUGAUAUAAAUUCAAAUUCAAUGUUAUACCCGAGACCCGGGGUAUAAUCAAGUUGCUAUUUGAAGAUGGAAUUAUGGAAUGGUGAAGAGGAAAUGAGGGGGACGAAAUAUGGGGGUGGAACAAAGAGUUGUUUUUUUGGGUUUUUGAUGAAAGAAAAGAAUAAGUUCAAGAAGAAGAAAUGGUGAGAAAUGAAAUUGGCAGAGGUAAAGUGAAGGGAUAAACCAAGUUGGUGUUAAGAGAUAUAACACACUCUUAUCUUAACUUGGGGUUUGAAUCUAGAAUUCAAUCAAGAUAUGACACACUUAAUUAAAUAUCUAGAACCUAAAACUCACACUUAAGAGAACCACUCUUAAGAUAUAGAAUUAGGAAUUUGGCUAAAAUAGCAUCACACUAUUUUAAAAGAAUACUCAAAAGAGUAAACAAGGUUUUUGAAU